AUGCUCCAUCAUGCCAAGUUGGACAAGUGCUUCUGGGCUGAAGCGGCAAUGACGGCCGUCUAUGUGAAGAACCGUUUGCCGUCACCCAAGAUUCCACACAAGACACCGUUCGAGAUUGUCUACAAUUCUAAGCCAAGUGUCAAGCACAUGCGCGUUUUUGGGUGCCAAGCAUACAUCUUGACCCCGAAGGAGAAACGACUCAAGUGGGAUCCCAAGGCCCGGGCUGGAUUGUUUUUGGGCUACGAAGAAGUGUCCAAGGCGUAUCGAGUUUACGACAUCGAAGCGGGGCAGGUGAUGAUAAGUCGCGAUGUCAACUUCGAUGAGUCGGCCUUUGGAAUGUCGAUGCUGAUUUCCGAUGACGAUGUUGAUGGCCUGGACUUCGAAUCGAUCGAUCUUGAUGAUGAAGAACCGCGUCCGAGACACUUCAAACAAACAGGAAAGCGCAAGGCCCAACCCAGUCACGACAAUGACGACGCAAGCAUGCCCCGAGCAGUGCGCCAACGACCCGGAUUGGAAGAGUCAAGUGCGCCGGAUGACCUCUCUUCACGUCGAGCCAACGAAGAUGAAGAAAGGAAGUCGGAGGAACAACAUGACACACCGACUUCCUCCGCGUUUUGGCAUGCGAGUGCAAACGCCGUCGAAGCAGCGGUCGAUUUUUCGGAGCCAUUGACAUUUGAAGAGGCAGUGUCUGGCCCGGACCAAGUACACUGGCGCAAGGCAAUUGAUGCGGAGCUCGAUUCGAUGAAGCUUCGCGGUGUCUUUCGUGCGGCCAAGUUACCCAACGGACAAAGCGCCAUUGGCACAAAGUGGGUCUUCAAGAUCAAGCGCAAGGCGGAUGGGUCGAUCGAGAAAUACAAGGCACGACUUGUGGCCAAGGGUUUUCGCCAAAAGUAUGGCAUCGACUACACGGAGACGUUCUCGCCCGUGGUCAAGUAUGUGACGCUGCGAAUGGUCAUCGCCAUUACCAAGCACUUUGGAUGGCCCCUCGACCAGCUCGAUGUGGUGACUGCGUUCCUGUAUGGAGUGAUGAAGGAGAAGGUGUUCUGCGCUGUUCCGGAAGGCGUCAAGAUGGAAGGUGAUUUCGACUGUCUCGAGCUGAUCAAGGCGAUCUACGGUCUCAAGCAAGCCUCGCGUGUUUGGAACGAGACCUUCGACGAGUUCAUACGCUCGAUUGGUUUUCAAGCGUCGGGAUUCGAUCCAUGUCUCUACAUCAUGACUUCGGAAGGCCAUUGUGUUUUUGUGCUGGUCUACGUGGACGAUGUCUUGGUGACUGGAAGCUCGCUCGAGAUGAUUGCGCGCACCAAGAACGACCUCAAGACACGCUUCGAGAUGACGGACAGCGGCAAGUGUGCCUUUGUUCUUGGGAUCGAGCUAUUGGACGGUGAAGAUGGCAGCGUGACUAUGUGUCAGCGCCGUUAUGUCGACGAUGUCCUCAAGCGCUUUGGAAUGGAGGAGUGCAAGGCUGUGGCAAGUCCGGUGGACGUCAGCUCUCGACUGGUUCCAAGCAACUCUGCAAGCAAGGUGGAUGUCCCAUUCCGUGAAGCAGUGGGUGCUUUGAUGCAUCUGACGACUGCAACGCGACCGGACAUCGCCUAUGCUGUAAGCUUUGUGUCACGGUUCAUGGAGAAACCCCAAGAAGAACACUGGGUUGCAGUCAAGCGCAUCUUCCGCUACCUACAAGGCACCAAGAUGCAUGGAAUCUGCUACAAGCCAAGUGCGAAGAUCGACUUUCGUGGCUAUUCAGAUGCAGACUGGGCCGGUGACCUUGCUGAUCGCAAAUCGACGUCCGGCUACGUCUUCAUGCUAUUGGGUGCUCCGGUGAGUUGGGGCAGCAAGAAACAGCCAAGUGUGUCACUGUCUACAAGCGAAGCGGAGUACAUCGCGCUCAGCCUGGCGAUCCAAGAAGGCAAGUGGAUCAAUCGCUUGCUGUGCGAAAUCAUGGCGGCUGCAAACGAAGAAGGACCCGAGCUCGUCAUCCGUGAAGACAACCAGUCGUGCAUCAAGAUGACGAAGAAUCCGGUCAACCACGGCCGCGCUAAACACAUCGACAUCAAGUACCAUCACAUCCGUGAUGAAGUCAAGCGCGGCGAAGUGAAGCUUGAAUACUGCGAGACGACGUUGAUGUUGGCGGACAUCAUGACCAAGGCACUUCACGGACCGCGUCACAAGGACUUGACGGCGGCGCUUGGCAUCCGUGCGUGUUCGGAUUGA